AUGCUCGUCCCAGGCAUCUUCUAUUUCUCGGCCAAAGGCAAACUCAAGGAGGAGGAAGGCCAGGAGAUCGACCUCGACAGCACUUUCUGGGGUUUCUCGUGCACCAAAUUGCUCACAACUAUAGCCGUAUUACAAUGUGUUGAAAACGGCCUGAUCGCGCUCGACGACCCAGUCGAUGGCGUACUGCCAGAACUCCGAGAGCCGAAUAUCAUCACGCCAGAACUGAGCGGGUCUUUCAAGCUGACGCCCGCCAAGAACAAGAUCACGCUGCGCCAUCUGGUAGCCCACACCAGUGGCCUGUCCUACGACGCCAUGCACCCGAUCCUCGUAGCAUGGCGUGAGUCCAGAGGAGAGUCCCCUCAGGUAAUGAGCGGCAAAAUGCCCGAGGCCCACUCCCUACCACUUCUCUUCGAACCAGGAAGCAGCUGGGUCUAUGGUGCAGGUUUGGACUGGGCUGGUCUGCUAGUGGAGAGGCUGAAUAAUACGAGGCUGGCGGCGUACAUGCAGAAGAGGCUAUUCAAACCUCUCGGCCUGGAAAGUUCAACGUUUCGUCCAUACACUCGACCGGACAUCAUGGCGAAUUUGGCGCAGAUGUGGCGCCGGUCCGAUGAGGGAGAGCUGAUCCCAGUUCCCUCGCCGUAUCCUCUGUAUGCGCGAAAUGAUAGCGGCGGUAUGGGCCUGGUCACAUCUACAUCGGACUUAAUCGCUAUUCUACAAGACCUCCUGAAGGAUAAGCCGGUGCUUCUCAAAAAGGAGUCAGUGACGGAGAUGUUCACCCCCCAAUUUGAGCCCGGAACACCUCAGCACAGAGGAGUUGUAGAACAGGAGUCCCUACACAACCAGCUCACCGGGGAUACCACCGGCAAUGCUGAAGUGUCCUUUGGCCUGGGUGGCCUGGUCGUCCAGAAGGACGUGCCAAACCUCCCGGCGAAGACACUGACAUGGAAUGGCAUGCCUAACAUCGGGUGGUUCGUAAAUCUCGACAGAGGCUUGGGGGGCAUGUAUGUAAGCCAGGUGCUCCCUCCGGGGGAUCCCAAGAGCGUGGAUCUUCUUGGUGAAUUUUGGAGGGAAAUCUGGGCGCAGCAUGCAGUGGCGUGA